CUUUCUGUGUGUGGUUAUGGGUGUGUGUGCUGAGUCCGGCCAUACUGUAAUUUUGUUUAAAAAAUAUUUUGCGUUAAUAUAAAAGGACAAUAUUGAUUGAUUGGUAUAUUGAUAUACCAAUAUUGAUGGUGAAUUAUGCUGGGCCGGCCAAAACCAGACCGCUUCCUACAGCCUUGGCCUACUAACUCCGCAGCUGCACAAGAAACCACAGCGUAUAUACCUCCUUGGAAAAAGUCCCAAGUAAACAGUUACUGUAUAAAAAUAAAUCCUGAAAUCGACAUGUACAGUAUAUGAUGCAAGAUGUUGUCAUGCAAGGAAUUGAUAGUUGAACGCCUCAAAGCUAAGGAUACAACAAGGUUGAAAAAAGAAACAAAGACAGGCAGGAAAAGAGCAACUGUACUUGUUCCUCUGUUUUUUAAAAAUGAUUCUGUUCAUGUUCUCCUUACUGUGCGUGCUCAACACAUGAAAAGUUUUGCUGGUGAUGUGGCCUUACCAGGUGGUAAACGAGAUGAGUGUGAUAAUGAUGAUGUUGAUACAGCUCUGAGAGAAGCAUGGGAAGAAAUUGGACUGCCAAAAACUGCUGUGCAGGUUAUUUCACAAGGAAGUUCAAGAACUUCAGAGCAUGGCUUACAAGUUGUACCAGUUAUUGGUUUUAUCCCUGAUGAUUUCCAGCCCUGCUUAAAUUUAGAUGAAGUUGAAGAUAGUUUUUCAGUGCCACUAAUAGACUUUCUUCUUUCCAAUAAGCAUUCCCUCCAGAUGUUUGGUAAAUAUAUCUUUCCCAAGUUUACCCACAACAUUGGAAAUAAAACAUACAAAAUUUGGGGGCUAACUGCACACAUAUGCAUUGAUGUUGCUUCUAUUGUAUUUGAUAAAAAACCAGAUUUUCAUUAUAUAUCUAAUCUUUAGCUUAUAUUUUCUAAUUGAAUAUAUAUUUAUUAUAUCAUUUAUUCAUCUUUAAAAUAUAAAGUGAUACAGGGAAAAAAUAUAAAACAAUAUACAAUUCCAAAAAUAAAUAAAUAAGGCUCUAGGUUACAGUUUAAAAUACAUUAAACUAUACAAGAGAGAAAAGCAAAAAUUUAAAAUUUAAAAAAAAAACAAAAAAACAAGCUGUCAACAACUAAACCCAGGCCUGGUUCCAGGCCCUAAUUGUGGGUUAUUCAAUCUUUAUUGCACUUAGUGUGCGCCAUACCAAAUUUGAUUGGCGUCAAAUACAAAUACUACUAGAUAUGUAGCUAAAGAAGCAUUAUACGGAGAUCUAGGAUGGUACACAAUUGCCAGUAUACAAAGUAAUUUUAAAAUUAAAUAUUUCAACCGGUUGAAAAAUUUAGACGAUGACAGGUGAACUUCAUUAAGCAGCUUCUUUCGAGGCAUGACUUAAACCAUGAAUUUUGUGUAAAUCAAUCAAUUUACCUUUCAUCUGAUUUUAAACUCAUAAAUUGUACAAAUGAUGAUAAUGAAUGGUUUGAAAAAGCUUGUAAGAAAUCAACUUUAAAUGAAUAUCUCAGAUAUAAAAACAAACCUUUUUUUGAAAGAUAUCUAUAUGAUAAAACUGACUUCAAAGGAAUCAGCCUUAAGUUUAAAUCAAGGUCUAAUUGUUUAGCUUUAGAAGGUAGGAAAGUACAUGGUAUGAUGGGUGCACAGGUUUUUGCAAAUUAUGUAACUGUAACUCUGUUGAAAAUAUAGAGCACUUUCUAUUAGAAUGCCCACAAUUUUAUAAUAUUAGGGCUAAUACCUUCCAUGAAAUUAAAAUUGCUCUAUUUAAAAAUAAUUUACAUGAACAUUGGAAAGAUUUCUCCAAUGGUUCACCACAUCUAAAAAUUAAUUAUUUGCUUGAUGAUCUUUUCUCAACAAAUUCCACUCUUGGCUUAAUUUUUGAUACAUGUAUUAAAGAAUAUCUAAAAGAUGCGUGGGAAAAACGAACACAUGUUUUAAAUGACCCUGCUAAUAAUGUUAAUAGCUUAUAGAUGUUUUUUCCCUUUUAUUUCUCUUUCUUUAAUGAUUUUAUGAAUAGACAUUGAUUAUACUUCUGUUGUGUUUUUGAUAUGUAUACUUUUACAUCAAUUUCACAUUGCAUUUAUUAUAUUAUGUGCUUGUUUUUAUUUAUCUAUUUUUAUUUACUUUAUUUUAUUAUUACAUUUUUUAAUUUUUUUUCCCUUUU